GUCUAGACUCCAGGAUCUAGAUCUAGAUCUAGAUUCUAGAUUCUAGCUUUAGAUAUAGGCCCUACAUAUAAUUUAUUUAUAAUUAAAGCAGAUCUUAAUCUAAGUGUAGAUCAACUUCUAGAUUAAAUAACUAAUACAGAUCUAGAACUAAAUACCGGGGCAUACAUUUAAUUUAGGAAAAUUACACUUUGACUUUACUUACGACUCUUACGACUAACUUGCAGUUUCAGGCUCACUCAGAACGAAAUCCCACUCUGUCAACAAACAAACAGUGUGCUGAUCGUAUUGGCACUGAUGGUAGAAUUAAGUAAAUAACAUUCAGCUUAAAAUGGAUGAUCCAUCUUCUGGUUACCAUGGAGCUGACCCUACAGUGCUACAGAGUGAAGGAUUCAAUUUAGCUCGUCAGGCUGUGGAGCAUGACGCUGCACAGCAUUUUGAACUGGCUGCCUUUUAUUAUACAGAGGCAGCCCAGACAUUACUAGCAGCUGCUGAUGCUGGUUCAAAAGUUCCCAACAUCCUGGAAAAAGCUAGUGAAUAUAUGAAUAGAGCUGACACAUUAAAAAAUGCUUUGCGAUCAACACGAACAGUUUCACCAGAGCAUCAUAAAACAGAGCAACAGUUAAACUUGGAGAAAGCCAAGUUUUUGCUAACAGAAGCAUUGAAAGAAGAUGAACAAAACAAUGUGGAAGAAGCUAUUGAUCUUUACUCUGAGGCUAUAUCUUUAUGUUUAAAAGUUAGAGAUGGCAAUCCUGAUCCUAAAGUAAAAGAAGGGGUUGUGAAGAUGGCAACCCAGGCAUUAGACAGAGCAGAAGCUCUAAAGAAAAGGGGCAGCAAAAAUGUUCAAACAAACUUGCCUUCUCCUGGAUCUGUUGUCAGGACUUUAACAGGUAAGGCAGUCCCACCCCUGGGAUUUGGAGCUUUCCUAGAUGGUGACGAUGAUGACAACUCAUCCAAUAAACUCCUGUCAUCUGCGGCAGUCCAGCCAAAAAUUAACACCACACUCCCAGCAUCCAGUGGAAAGUCUGGUCUCAUCAAUGUUGGCCCCAGCUCAUACUCCAAGGAGGAAAUAGCAGUUUUACGAAACACCUCAAAAAUUAACGGCAGAGAAUAUGUCCCUUUCCUGGCAGUUGACCAGAAAGAAAGAUUUGCCUACCCUGAACAAUUUAAUGACAAGGAUGGCAAACUUAUACUCUCACCAAAACAAAAACAACAGUUUGAAAAGUGGGCCAGGCCAGAAGCAUUCUGUGAUGAACCAAAAAUAAUCUACGCAAUAUCAAGUUUCAGUAUACGACAGACUGUAGUCUCUGAUUGUAGUUUUGUAGCUUCAUUAGCCAUUAGUGCGCAAUAUGAGAAACGGUUUAGGAAAAAACUCAUAACAAACAUUAUCUACCCACAAAAUCGCAAUGGUGAACCGGUGUAUAAUCCCUGUGGAAAAUAUAUGGUCAAGCUUAAUCUCAACGGUGUGUGGAGAAAAGUAAUUAUUGAUGAUUGCCUCCCCUUGUCCAAGUAUGCAGAUUUGUUAUGUUCAUUCUCCAACAAUAAAAAUGAGCUGUGGGUCUCUCUACUAGAGAAGGCCUAUAUGAAAGUGAUGGGAGGCUAUGAUUUUCCUGGCUCCAACUCUAACAUUGACCUCCAUGCCCUGACUGAAUGGAUUCCAGAGCGGGUUGCCAUCAGGGAAGGUUCCGCAGAAUUCAACAAGGACAAGGAAUUUAAACGUCUGCUGGACAGGUUUCACAAAGGUCACUGUCUGGUCACCGUGGCAACAGGGGAGCUGUCGGAGGCUGAUGCUGACCGAGCGGGGCUGGUGCCCACCCAUGCCUACGCCAUGCUGGAUAUCAAGGAGUACAAGGGUCGCAGACUUUUCAUGCUAAAGAAUCCAUGGAACCACCUGCGAUGGAAGGGAAAGUACUCUGAGAAUGACGCAACCAACUGGACGCCUGAAUUACAGAAAGCUCUCAGCUAUGAUCCUAAGAGUGCUCAAAUGUUUGACAAUGGUGUGUUCUGGAUAGACUACGACUCCCUCUGUAAAUUCUUUGAUGUCUUCUACAUCAACUGGAACCCAGAGCUGUUCACAUACACAACCUGCAUGCACCACACCUGGUCUGCUAAAGAAGGUCCUAAGAGAGACACCUACAACAUAAGUGACAACCCACAGUAUCGGCUGGAAGUUAAAGGCAACCAAGCAGGGGCGGCUGUGUGGGUGUUGUUGACUAGACACAUCACGGACAAGGCUGACUUUGCUGACAACCGAGAGUUUAUCACAGUGCUUGUGUACAAGAAUGGAGGGAAGAAAGUCUUUUAUCCAUAUGACCCACCCCCCUACAAAGACGGGGUCAGGAUCAACAGCCCCCAUUACCUGUGUAAGCUGGUGGAAGGGGCCACAAGGGAUCCCUACACACUGGUCAUCUCUCAGUACGAGAAAAACAACACAACACACUACACACUGCGUGUUUACAGCACGUGUGAGUUCUCACUGACAAGGUUCCCUGACCCCUACAAAAAACAGUUUGACAAAAAGGUGACUGGCCAUUGGAAGGGUAAAACAGCUGGUGGAUGCGCCAACAACCCCACAACCUACACCAACAACCCCCUGUAUCAGGUGCAGAUAGACAACACAACUGUGGACAACCAUCUUAUGAUAGAACUGCUGGGACCAAAACAAUACAGUGUGGGCUUUGAGGUGACGUGUGUCAGUGAAAAUGUCAGCAACGCAGCUGGUGCAUUCAAGCGUGUCACGUCAGGUGACUUCAGGCCUGGGUACUGCGUGCUGCAGCUGUCCAACAUCCCCGGGGGUGUCUACAACAUCCGUCCCUGCACCUUCCAGGCUGGCAAUGAGGGACCUUUCUUCCUGGAGCUCAGCUGCUCUACAUCCUACACUCUCAAUCAGCUGCAGUAGCUGCUGGGGACAACGGCUGGGGACUGUUGGUGCAGUAACUUAUGCUGGGGACUGUUGGUGCAGUAAGUGCUGAGGACUGACGCAGCAACUCUGGUUAAUGCUGGUGACUCACAUGUCUGGUACAUAGAUGGACUAUGUAUUGUAUGUUGAUGACAGAGUGAGAUUCAGUAUGACUUAUGUAUCCAAACCUUAAGGUUAUUUUAUUGUUAACCUGAUGUUAUGAGCUAGUGAAACAUGACAUAAUGAACCCUGAACCAAAGAAUGCUCUAGAACUUGUAUUGUUGACAUAUCAAAAGAUCUGAUCUGCCUUUAUAACUUAUUUUGUUGGAUGUCAGAUUUGUGAUUUGAUCAUUUGUCUCAUGCUCCUGAUUCUUGACUUUUAGGACAAACUGUCCAGCGUGUAACGGAUGGUUUAAAAUCUUCUUCCUUGUGCAGCUUUCUUUACAUUAACACACUGUCAUGUCAUUUGAUUGUUGACAUUAACACAAUGUCAUGUCAUUUAAUUGUUGACAUCAAACUAAAUACUUGCCAUUUACUUAUGACUAACAUCCAAGUGAACACAUGUCACUUACUAGUGACCAAUUAAUGAAACCUAUCCCUGGUGCUAGCUAGCUGAAGUAUCAAUAGUUUUAUCUGGACUAUCUGCUGGUGUGACAUAGCUGAUGUUUAGAUUAUAGAGUUUGUGGAUGGUAAUAUAGAUUAUAGAGUUAGUUUGUGGAUGGUGAUAUAGUAGUGUCACACAACAGACAUCAGUUAAUGGCAUACUUUAAUGUCAAUUUUUGACAUUUUAUAUACCCCACAGCAUUGAGUUCAGAUGGACAAAUAUCUAACCCAUAUGACAUACAAACUCACGUGACAUACAAACCUACAUGACUUACAAACCUACAUGACAUCCAAGCCCAUGUGACAUACAAACCUACAUGACAUCCAAGCCCAUGUGACAUACAAAACUACAUGACAUUCAAGCCCAUGUGACAUACAAAACUACAUGACAUUCAAGCCCAUGUGACAUACAAACCUACAUGACAUACAAACCCAUGUGACACAUAAACUGCUGCUAUCUUCUCUUAUUGAUUUAUUGCUACAUUUGCUGACUGCUACAUUUUAAUUAAUAUAAAAAAAAAUCCAUUAUAUUUAAAUGCUGCUUUCUAUUUUAGAAAAUUGUUUUCAUGUAAACUGUGCAAUGAUUUUUGAAUCGAAACUACAUUCCUUGUCUUGUUUGUGAUUGGUUGAUCAAACUUUUGUGUCCAAAAUUGUGGUGAGUGAAUAUUUUCAACACUUCAAGUGAUUGGUUGAUCAAACUUUUGUGUCCAAAAUUGUGGUGAGUGAAUAUUGUCAACACUUCAAGUGAUUGGUUGAUCAAACUUUUGUGUCCAAAAUUAUGGUGAGUGAAUAUUGUCAACACUUCAAGUGAUUGGUUUUUUUGUGAUUCUUUUCAUGAUAUUUUUGUCUUCGAAUGUUCUGAUGGUGAAUUCCUGUUGUAGUCCCACAAUUUUAACAUACAAACUUUUACUUGUUUGUGUAUGUUUCUGCCUUAUAUGUUGAUGUCAACCACUGCAGCUGUUUACUAUGUAUGCAUACAUGUUUUUGUAAAAUAUCGGGUUGCUAUGGAUACUGGGGACCUGAUUAACAGAAUCCACUGAAAUUUUGUCAUUGAUGAAAGUCUAACAUCCCAGCAAAAUAUGGUCACGUGUGACUAUAAUCUUGCUAGUUACCUCCCCUACAACUUGCUAGGCAGAAGAGAGAGGAAACGACCAUCUUUAACAAUUUAAUAUGUUGGUAAAAAUAAUGAUUGCUUAUUUUAUUUGCAAUAUAAUUUUAAAACAAUUAUACCGUGGGUCUGUUGUUGUUAGUUUUUUGGACUUUUAAAAUUUAUUUUGGUUUUAUUGGAGUCUGGGAUUACCUUACAUUUUUUUAUCCAUUGAUUUUUUUAAAGUCAUUUAUCUGAUUGUAUCAGAGGUGCCAGCUAGUCUUCUGCUGUUGUUACGGUCUCAGUACACGUCUGCCCACCUGUGUGGUGUUCACAGUGGGUUGGGGCAGUGGUGUCAGUCUGUCUGUCUGUGUGUGGCUUGUACUCUAUCAACUGGUGUCGUUAAUUAUAAUGGUAUUUUAUGCUUAUUUAUGACUAUUUAUGUACAUGAUUAGUCUGUCAUACAUCAACUUGUAAUAAAAAAUGUUUUGC